AUGGCAGAAAAUCCAUCGGACUCCAUCGAUAAUCAAAUUAAAAUAUCUGACAAUGAACCGUCAGCCAGUUUGCGAGAAUUUCGAGAAAUGGUUAACAUUGCACUCAAUUUAGAUUCCACUUCGACCGGAAAUGAUGAUAAUCUAUCCAUCGAUGAACAGGGCAUCAAUCAAGCUUUGUUAACGUUAGACGGUAGCAGCGAAAGCUCGUCCAUUCCUUCGAUAAGCACAACAACAACUGCUGUAUCAGUUGCUGAGUUACCCAGUGGAAUCACAGAUAGUUUAAAUGUUGCUGCUAAACAAUUGUCUCAUCUCUAUGAUAGCGUUGUUAGUACGACAACAACAGAACCCGGCGAAGAAUUAAAUGAAGGGGUGAAUUACAGAGAGCAAGGCAUAUCCGAUAGUUUUGUUGAAGUUUAUACCGAAGAGGAUGAAGAUGAAGUUCAAUCUUUAUCGGCAAUUCCCAAAACAACCACCGGUGGUAGUCAACCUCAGAAACGACACAUCAUGAUCAGUUAUAAUCGUUCGUCACGUGACACUUGUGAACGAAUCUAUCAGGGUCUUGUGAAUAAAAAUUACAAAGUUUGGAUGGAUUUAACCGAUAUGGCUGAUGAUAUUCUUGUUAGCAUGGCACGUGCAGUUGAGAAUUCUUAUAUUGUUCUACUUUGUAUCAAUCAACAGUACUAUGAGAGCGACUAUUGUCGAUUGGAAGCGGAGUAUGCAGCUGAAAACCGAAUUAAAUUUAUUCCAUGUUUAAUGGAAAAAUCCUUCCGUGCACAAAGCUGGUUGGGAAUCAUUAAAGGCUCAAAUUUCCACAUUGAUUUCUCUUCGCCGGAGGACUUCGAUGAAUCGUUCAAUGAAUUAGUCCGCCAAAUAACACAUGUAGAAAAGAAAUUGUCUAUGCAACCUCGCCGAACACCUGCACCAGGUUCAAUGGUCAAUCCAAUGAAAUUCGCCGCGACGUCUUCUGGACCUGCAGCAACAGCAGCAUCAAUAUCGGCAAAUGAUGUUAAUUCUCGUCGUUUUGAUGCCAUUAUCCGUGAAUACAAACAUGCCAUUAAGAAAAAAAGUCAUCAGUUGAAUCGUUUGAAGCGAAACGAGCUAGCAGACCUAAUUUCAAAGCUCCGUCAAGAAUUAUUCAUUGAAACAACUCAAGUCUUAACAGACAGUGAACGAUCCGAUGAAGAAGAUGAAAAACAGCACAAUGACGAUCACCUUCUUCAACAACUUCUGAGCCGUUCAUUAGAUCAAAAUGAGUUCCUACUCAGAUUAGUCGAUCGUUUGACAACACCGCAACCAAUGGAACAAACUAAUCUCCAGAAUUUGAAUAUGGAUGGCAUUUUCAAAGUUAUAUUAGCUAUCAUGGUUUUAUGGGCUUUAAACAUACUAUGUCAAAAAGAGUGA